AUGGCCGGGAAUGAAGAUUGGAGGAAAACGGCAGACACAACAAAAAUGAGUGCGGAGGAAGUGAAGAGAGCUGGAGUGGAGGCAUCAAAGAGGCCCCCUGGUCAUAACCCUGGCGGUGUUCUUCACCAGCGACGCAAGCUUCCCUUUAGCCCUACCGCCAUGGCCAUUACCGGCUUCUUCAUCACCGGCGUCAUCGGAUACUUCACCCUUUACCACCUCAAGAAGCCUGAAGCCUCCGCGGGAGAUGUCGCCAGGGUCGCCACCAAUGUCGCCGAGCCUGAGCAUACUCACCCCAGGAAAUAG